AUGUUUCAGUUCGGAUUCAAUAUGUUUCACGAAAUAAGCAGACCUUUUAACAUGACUUAUAGAUGUUAUUCCGUUUCUAUGUUACCUGGAAAUGAGAGACAAGAUGUGGAGAGAGGUGGAAAAAUUAUAAUGCCACCCUCAGCUCUAGAACAAUUAACUAGGCUAAACAUAGAAUACCCAAUGAUUUUCAAACUGACAAAUAAGAAGACCAAGAGAAUUACACACUGUGGUGUUUUGGAGUUUGUUGCAGAUGAAGGGAAAGCAUAUUUACCACACUGGAUGAUGACCAAUUUAGUGCUGGAAGAAGGUUCUCUGUUACAAAUAGAAAGUGUAUCCUUACCAGUGGCUACAUUUUCUAAGUUUCAACCUUUGUCUGAAGAUUUUCUUGAUAUAACAAAUCCAAAAGCAGUUUUGGAAAAUUGUUUGAGGAACUUUUCCUGUCUCACAACUGGUGAUGUUAUUGCAAUCAAAUACAAUUCAAAAGUGUAUGAACUCUGUGUACUUGAGACCAAACCUGGUAAUGCAGUUAUUAUUAUUGAAUGUGACAUGAAUGUUGAAUUUGCACCACCAGUUGGUUAUAAAGAAGAAGAUCACAUUAGAAGAAAUGAGGGCAACACAGACACUGGUAUGGAAGAUGACAGUGUUGCCAUGAUGGCAGAGCCAAGCGGUUUUGUGGCCUUCAAGGGUGAAGGAAAUAGAUUGGAUGGGAAGAAAAAGAAGUUAACUAGCGAAAGUGAUUCAGAACCUCAAGCAUCUCACUCCAGACAGUCAUAUGUACGUGGUAUACCAGAUUAUGAUUAUGUUAUUGGAACUCUGAAGUUUAUCAGAAGUUCUCAGCCAUCUAGUUCUAAAGACGAGGCUCCAGAAGAACCAUUCCAAGCUUUUAAAGGAGAGGGUUUCACAUUAAGAACUGCAAAAUCUAAGAACUAA